GAAACGGACGCAAGCACAGAUGGUGGCUGAAAUGGAUGUGCUGCGAAACUUCGAAGUUCAAUGGGUGCAAGGAUUCACCAAUGGCACAUUUAGGUUUGUCGACAAGAAAACAGUUUGCUACACCUGCGGAAACUUCAUCGUUUUCCUCAAUGUGGAAACUAAAGAGAGGAAGACGCUGCAGAGUCCCGGCUCUGGUAUUGGAGCAUUUACAGCCAGUGGGCAACGUAGGUGUAUUGCUUUCUCUGAUCUCGGACUCAAGCCUUCCAUCUUUAUCUACAAAUAUCCAGAGCUUGAGCUGACAAGUGAACUAAAAGGCACAACUAAACUGGGCUAUACGGCUUUGGCACUUUGUGAUACUGGUCCUUAUUUAGUUAGUGCAUCACCCAUGCCUGAUCACAUCAUUACGUUAUGGAACUGGGAGAGUGGCCUUCCACUUUGUAGCCAUUCUCUUUUGGAUGAGGACAUCUCAGCACUGGUUUUUAACCCCAUGAACUGGUGUCAAAUUUGUGCAAUAAAAUCAAAGUCUCUAACCAUCUGGAAUGUUGAAAGAUGUGACAACUACCAUUUAAUGAAGCCUAGUGCUGUCAAUCUCCCUGGCACUGAUGGGUCAGCUAUUGAGUGUGAACCAAAUCAGUCUCAUUUACUCAAUGGGAAGCUGACAUACUUAGGUCCUCAAAUGCCCACUUCAGCAAUAGCUGGACUGAUUGGAGACCAAGCUGACAACUUUGUGCCUUUGAAACUAAUAAAACCUAGACUGUGUCCUAGUGCCAUCUGCUGGUCAAUUUCUUCUGACCUGUAUGUUGGUUGCAAGGAAGGUUUUCUGCUAUGUGUGAAUCCUGAAACUUUGCAUGUCUCCGUUUUAUAUAAACCACAGACCGAAGUAACCACAGGUAAUAGUGAAAUGCCCAUGCAGGAGGGCAGUUUCCAGAGCUUAGUCCUCCAAGACUCUAAACUCUUUGCUGCAGGAAUGGAAAGUGUUUUACGAAGCAUACAAAUUAAAGGAAACAAACUGGAGGUUGUGCAGACCUGGGCUUUAGAAGAGGCAGCCUCUGCUAUGUGCUUUUCUCCUGAUGGUGAGACACUGCUGCUAACUUCUAAUACAGGCUGUGUUUACAGAUUCAAACCACUGCUAAAGGAUAAAGCUGUCAAAGUCCUGGAUGUCCUUUGUGGAGAUUUUGUGACUGUUGCUCCAGUUUACACUGAUAGAAGCAUUUGUUUGUCAGUUAGAGAAGCAGGAGUUGUACAGCUUUGGACUCUGGAUGAUGGACUUUGCAUGGGCUCCAUCUCUCUGCAAACUCACGUAACUAGUAUGGCAUGCUGUCCCAUAGCGCAGUACAUUGUGGUAGGGACUGCCACCGGAGAUGUGCUGUUUGUGGAGAUGACCACAAAACAGAAGCCCAGACUAGUUCACAGAGUUCAUCUCUACCACGUCCCUGUAGACCAUUUGGUAUUUGAUCAAGGUGGCAACUGCUUAAUCACAGGGGCGUCAGACUCACGUGUGUUUGUGCUGGAUUCAAGACCAUCAAAAGGAUUUGAUAUUAUCGGAUGGAUUGAGGCUCCAGGUGCGAUCGUAGGCCUCUCCACUCAGUACCACCAAGAAAGUAAACAGAUUAAAGUUCUGGUUUUAUGCAACAAAUCAGAGAAAGAAAUCAGCGAGGGAAAUGUGCUUCUGCUACUGACAUUAUUUGCGCAACAGCUCACAGAAUCAACCAGUUGUAUGGAUGCCCAUGGCUGUCUGCGUAAAGAAGUGUUUGACAGCUGUGUGUUGGAGCUCCCUAACUCUCUCUGCUCUUGUGUACUGGCCGUAAACAAGAUAUUUGGUUACUGCCAACAAAGAAAAGUCCUGCAAAGAUUCAGUAUCCCUGAGAAUGGAGAAAACCCUAAUAAUGUAGUUCAGCUGAUUCCAGAGAAGGAGACAGGAGGCCAUUUAUUGAGUCCUGCAUUUCUCCAGCUUUCUCCACAUCAUACCUGGCUGGCAUCGGUUGGCAGAGACGGGCUGCUACGCAUCUGUGAGAUCUCAGAAAUGGACAGGUAUGUGCAGCUGCAGUGCCACUCAUGUUGGCAGGGUGGAGUCGGGUCUGUUUGUUUCACCCCAGACAGUCAGACCAUCAUCACCUCAGGCCUAAGAGACGGCUCACUUGUCUGCAGCAGGUUGAAGCUUUCUGGAGUUGGCAAAGCAAAUGCAGCUACCCAGUAUUCUCAGUCUGUUGCUGAUUCUUUUGAGUCAGUGGUUUCAUCAGAAAACACUGUCCUCACCAAAAUGACCGACCGGGAUUCAUUUCAUACAGGAGAGGUCAGUCUUAAGGGAAAGAUGAGUCACGAAGCUGAACAAGAGGAAAACUAUUUUACAUCCCCAACUAGUUAUACUUGGCUUGAUGGGAAACUUGACGCGGUUCUCCAAGAGGAAGCCCAGCAGUAUGCAGAAACCAAGAAGAACCUAAGAAGAAACAUAAAGGUUCUUCGUGAUACAAUUAAAGCUAUGAUGGAGGAGAAUGAAAGUCUGGCAGACAUAGAGAAACUUGAGCAACAGGAAUUUAACCUGGAUGUGGAAGAGCAGCAGAGGCUGCAGCUCGAGGGAGAUCAGGAAGUCAACAGGGUGAGAAAGGAGAUCGAGAUGGAGAAUCUGGCCAAGUCCUAUCAAAGAGAAGUCUUGAAGAGAGAAUGCUGGGAUUCUAUGCAAGUCAAAGGGAAAGCCAUUAAGGCUUUUCAUUCAGAAAACGAGGUGAAAAACUACCCAAUGAAGGAACGCACUGCAAAAGAACUUGAAGAGCUUCGUAUGGUUGAGAACAUGAGGCAGAUUGAACAGGAGGAUUCACAACUUCAGGAGGGGGUUUUGGAUACACUCUUUGGAGACAAAGAGGAAGAGGUCAGUUUGACUGAGAGUCCUGCUCUAACCGGCAGUCUGAGCUCUCUAUAUGGCGGUGUCAACCCUUAUCUCUACAACCAGUUUAACUUACACGUAAGAGAGCAGAAAAUCAACCAAAUCACCUUGCUCAAGGAUGUUAUAUACAACGUUAAGAGUGCAUUCAACAAAGAAUUUGAGGCAGUUUACAAGCAGAAGGAACAGGAAAUCCACAGAACCAAAGAGAAGAACAAGCGUAUCUUUCAGAUUAUGGCCAAGCUGGGCAUAAGUGAGACCCUCUGGGAGCCUAGACUCACUGAUAAUGAGUGUCCUGAGAGAGCUCUCACUGUGACCGACUCAGAGAUCAAGGUUGAGAAAUACCUCACCCUCGAGCAGAAAGAAAAAGAAGCAAAACUCAGAGAGGAAGAAGAACGGCAACGGCUUGCAGCCAAAUCUGAAAACAUGAGAGAUCAAGGACUCAGUGUGAUGAUGGGUGGCGUUCUGGAGCUUAAGAAAGAGGAUGUGCUGAGGAUGGAAGUACCUCAGCCUGAGUUCAUGUCUAAACCUGAGGCCCAGUGGACAGAAGAAGAGAGAAAGAGCUUCAAAGAGUUUGAGAAAAAAGCAAAGGAGCUCAGUGAAGAGCAAGAGAAAUAUAGAAAAACACUGGAGACAGAGAUGAAGAAACUGCUUACAUCUAUUAAAGAGGCUACUCAGAUGUUUGACGAAAAACUUGCCAAGCUGUUUGAAAGGAAGGUGAAAUCAGAGAUGGUCAUAUACCAAGAGGAGCUCAAGAUUGCAAAUCUGGUUCUUUCCAUUCAAACAGAAGAAGAGAUCCUCACCAGAGAGAAACAGCUAAGCUUUAAACUAGAAAAGGCACGAAUUAAAAAGAAUGAAAUUGGGGAGGAAUUGAAAAAACACAAGGAGACUGUUGAUGAGUUUAGAGAGGCGUAUGAUAACACAGUCGCUGAGGACAAACUACUUGACAAAGGAUUCCGCAAAGAGUUUUAUGAUGUCCCUGGACACUCAAUUGACCAGCUAUAUAAACUUUACAAACGCAGACCAAGGGUUCAGAGGAUGAAAACACAGACUGAAAAUAACCCAUUUAAAGAAGGGGCAGCACCAUCUGAUGGACUCUCUUUGAUGAUGAAGGCCAUGGAGGAGUUGGACGCUCCAGAGCACAUGCUGGAAGGUUUAGAUCCAGCUGUGUGGGAGAGGUUUUGCCUGGCAAGACGGGCCAAAGUGGAAAGUGAACAAAAGGUCAAACUAAAGGCACUGACUUUGGCAGAAAUGCAGGCCUUUCUUCAGAGGAGAAUAGAUGAGGAUGACGAAGCUCAACUUGAAAUAAAAAAUCUCAUCGAUGAGCUCAAUGGGCUGUGUGAUGAGAAGAUGAGGUUUCGACUGGACAGUAUGGUGCAGAUUGUUCUCCAGCAGGGUCAGGUUGAGGUGGAGGCUGGAGAAUUCAUCGCUGACUAUAGCAACGCAUUGCUGAUCCAACGUAAAGUUGUUGAGGACCUGAACAGCACUAUCAGGGCUUUAGGAGAUCAGAAAAUCGCCACUAUGGUGGAGUGUAAAGAUUUCCGUAAGGGAAUCAUCCAGCAGGAGUGGGAGCACAGGAGAAUGAGGAUGCAGCUGGAAGAUCUCAGCAACAAAGCCAGAAACAUACAGACGCUGCGCAUCACUCAGGACAUUCAAGAUUACCUGAAUGAAACAAAUAAUGACAACAGGGUGUCAAAGCAACUCACAACUCUUGAGAGGACCUUAGAUUUACAGAAAACGGCUCAUCAAAAGAAAAUUGAGAUUUGCAAGAAACAGAAAAGGCAGCUGGACAGACAAGUUGCAAAGAUGCAGGAGAAGAACGCAGCCCUUGACUUGAGAGUGGCAGAAAUGGAGAUAACGGUGGCAGAGAGGAGAAAUUUUUACGAGGCUGCUGCAAUGGAAGAUAACCAGGAAACAGAGUCAGACAAGAACUACCAGGACAUCCUCCUGAGAAAGAAGCUGCUGGCCAUCGCCAGAGCUCAGUCUGAAGAGCUGCUCCUGCUGAGAGCGGAGCUGGAGAAACUGCGCAUGAAGAACUUCCCGUCUCUCUCGCAACUGCACUACAACUGACUCUACAUACAAAACGCAACAACUUUACCUAAACAAUAAACAACACACAAAGGUGCAAUAAAUUAUUAUACAGUUCAAUCAAUUGACAAUCUUUCUUCGCAAACGUUUUAAUGAACAAAGCUCGCUGCAAUCUGUUUGAACUGUGAAUAAAAAUUGCUGAAAUGUA